AUAUAAGGAAAAGUGUGGGCAAGAGAUGCAAGACAACAGAGGUUCAGUUUAUCCAGUUAUCUUGAAUGGUUGUGUGGAUAGAUGAAUGGUCUCACCAUUUGUGAAUCAAAUGUCUGCAUCAAAAAAUGCUGAAACUUGAAGGCAGUAUGGUAGCCGUGGAGGGAGCCUUGGGGAAACAGCUGUUUAGCAAUGGAGUUCAAAACUUCAACAGUAAGCUGGCAUCAAAACCCCAGAUUCAAGUUCCAAGGCCAGAAACAAUAACAGUGUAUCAGACUUCAUUUUAUCUCAGAGUACCCAAAAUCUCAACCCAACACAGGGAUGCAGUAAAGAGUUAUGCGAUGAGGAGGAGAAGGGCAUAUUCUCAGACUGAAACAUAUGUCUUGAUGGAACCUGGAAAGGAUGAGGAGUUUGUCUCCCAGGAAGAGUUAAAGGCCAGAUUGAAAGGUUGGCUAGAAAAUUGGCCAGGCAAGGCCCUACCCCCAGACCUUGCAAAGUUCCAAACCAUUGAUGAUGCUGUCAUGUACCUGGUAAAGGCUGUGUGUGAACUUGAAAUUGAUGGUGAUGUUGGUUCGAUCCAGUGGUACGAAAUCCGGUUGGAGUGACAUACUACAAGAAUUUGAGCUUCACCCUAAUUGAAGCCCUUUUCAUGUCCUUGUUUGAAACAUUAAAUUGGAUGUUCCACUGCAUUAUUUUUCAGGUU